UUCAUAUUCUUACUGGCUUGACAUGUGAGGUAUGAACAGGACCAAAAACUGAAAAGCCCUGUCUCUGUAUGUGUGUGUAUAUAUAUAUAGUUCACACACUGUUUUAGUCGAGAACUUUCUUGAAUAAACUCUUCGCAGCGUAACAAUUUCUUCACAGAUCAGAAAGAUAUGGAUUCGGGUGCAUUUACUGUCGAAGUUAUAGGUCUGCCCCCUGAAGCAACAGAGAAGGAUGUCUAUGAUUUCUUUGCCUUCUGUGGGACGAUUGAACAUGUUGACAUUGUCAGAGUUGGUGAAUAUGCCUGUUCAGCCUAUGUGACAUUUAAAGAUGCUUAUGCCGUGCAAACAGCAGUCUUGCUUAGUGGAGCUACACUUUUGGAUCAACACAUCUGCAUAACACCCUGGGGGCAUUAUGAAGAUGAAUUUGAUUUUUGGAAUCGGCCUUCAUGGAAGAUUGAAGAUGAAACUGAUUCAGCUCCCUCACAAGGAGGCCAAUUUGUUCCUUCUGCUGGAGAAGCAGUAACAAUGGCUCAAGAUGUAGUUAAAACCAUGCUAGCCAAAGGAUAUGUACUGGGCAAAGAUGCAUUGAGCAAGGCCAAAGCUAUUGAUGAAUCUCAUCAGGUCUCCGCAACUGCAGUGGCCAAGGUUGCUGAACUGAGUGAGAGAAUUGGGCUCACUGAUAAGUUUUGUGCAGGGGUUGAAGCUGUCAUGUCUGUGGAUCAAAAGUACCACAUUUCAGACACCACGAAAUCAGCAGUAUCAGCUACAGGGCGAACAGCUGUAGCAGCAGCAAACUCUGUGGUCAGCAGUAGUUACUUCUCUAAGGGAGCUCUUUGGGUAUCGGAUGCACUAACUCGGGCAGCGAAAGUUGCAGGUGAUUUGGGUACUGGGACUGCUAAAAAUGAGAAGCUGGCUUGACUCGAGUAUAGGUUCUUGAUCUUGAUCUUGUCUUGUAGCAUUAGCUUAAAGACAGUAUAUGUAGUUUUCUAAUGUACAUACAAUCUUGUUACUAAAACCUAAGAGAGAUGAAUGAAACAAAGUUUUAUGCAAA